CGCCUCCUCCCCAACAUGGCUGCGCCCAGGGCCUGCGGCCGCACGUGAGCAAGUCCGGGCACCUGGGAAUCAGGGAGUACGAUUUUGUGAGCCACGUUCCUCUCUCUUCUGCCGAUUGCGACCCUUUGAUCCCCCCCGGGGCCCUCGCGGGCCGCUGCCCCUCGGCAGCCAUGAAGACAAAGCCCGUUUCCCACAAGACCGAAAACACCUACCGGUUUCUUACAUUUGCUGAACGACUGGGGAAUGUGAAUAUCGAUAUUAUUCACCGGAUCGAUAGAAUUGCAAGCUAUGAUGAGGAGGUUGAAACCUACUUUUUUGAGGGUCUGCUGAAAUGGAGAGAAUUGAAUCUCACGGAACACUUUGGGAAAUUUUACAAAGAAGUCAUUGACAAAUGCCAAUCAUUCAAUCAGUUGGUCUACCAUCAAAACAAGAUAGUUUUGAGUUUGAAGACGCACCUGCAAAUUAAGAAUAGUUUUGCCUAUCAGCCUCUUUUGGAUUUGGUUGUACAGUUGGCACGAGAUCUGCAGACAGAUUUCUAUCCACACUUUCCAGAUUUUUUUGUGACCAUCACAUCAAUCCUGGAGACUCAGGACACAGAGUUGUUAGAAUGGGCUUUUACCUCGUUGUCAUACCUUUACAAGUACCUAUGGAGACUGAUGGUGAAGGACAUGUCCAGUAUAUACAGCAUGUACAGUACACUCCUGGCUCAUAAAAAACUACAUAUAAGAAAUUUUGCUGCUGAAAGUUUUACUUUUUUGAUGAGAAAGGUCUCCGAUAAAAAUGCACUUUUCAAUUUAAUGUUUCUUGAUCUUGGUGAACAUCCAGAAAAGGUAGAAGGAGUUGGACAGUUGCUCUUUGAAAUGUGCAAAGGAGUUAGAAAUAUGUUUCACUCCUGUACAGGCCAGGCAAUGAAGCUAAUUUUGCAAAAGCUGGGACCAGUCACUGAAACAGAGACUCAACUACCAUGGAUUUUAGUUGGAGAAACACUAAAACACAUGGUCAGAUCCACUGUAUCCUACGUCUACAAGGAACAUUUUGGUACAUUUUUUGAAUGUUUGCAGGAAUCACUCCUGGAUCUACAUACAAAAGUAACAAAAACUAACUGUUGUAAAAGUUCUGAACAGAUUAAAGAAUUGUUGGAAGCGUAUCUGAUACUUGUGAAAUACGGAAAUGGAUCAAAGAUAACGACGCCUGCCGAUGUUUGCAAUGUGUUGUCUCAAACAUUACAAAUAACCAGUCUCUCUACAUCUUGCCGGAGGACACUCUUGGAUGUAAUCUCUGCCUUGAUCCUGGGUGAAAACGUUUCCUUGCCGGAGACUCUCAUCAAAGAAACCAUAGAAAAAAUAUUUGAGAGCAGAUUUGAAAGAUGUUUAAUUUGGGAUUUUUCUGAAGUCAUGUUUGCUAUGAAGCAGUUUGAACAGCUUUUUCUACCAAGCUUCCUUUCAUAUAUUGAGAAUUGCUUCUUAACUGAUGACCUUGUGGUCAAAGAUGAAGCCCUGGCCAUUUCAGCCAAGCUCAUUCUGAACAAAGCAGCACCUCCCACCGCUGGCCCGAUGGCAAUUGAAAAGUACCCUUUGGUUUUCUCACAGCAGACGGUGGAAUCCUAUGUGAGGCAGAGGAGGACGAGAUCCAGGGGAGGAAGCAAGCAGACCUCAGUGUUGGACCACCUCUUGUCCACAAUUCAGUCACCUCCAAAUGAGGACACUGCCUACCUCUCAGGUUGUUGGGCAGCUCUUGUGGUGUUACCUCAUGUAAGACCUCUUGAGAAAGAGAAGGUGAUCCCACUCGUCACAUGCUGCAUAGAGUCACUCUUCAUCACUGUUGACAGAGGGAGCUUUGGCAAAGGAAACUUAUUUGUUCUUUGUCAAGCGGUAAAUACUCUACUAAGUUUAGAAGAAUCUUCUGAACUUCUUCAUUUGGUUCCUGUGGAACGUGUGAAGAAUUUAGUAUUAACAUUUCCUCUGGAGCCAUCUGUGUUGCUGUUGGCUGAUCUCUAUUAUCAGAGAUUAUCCUUAUGUGGCUGCAAAGGACUGCUUUCCCAGGAAGCCCUCAUGGAGUUAUUUCCCAAGUUACAAACCAACAUUUCAACGGGUGUAUCCAAGAUUCGGCUUUUGACAAUAAGGAUCUUAAACCAUUUUGACAUUCGACUUCCGGAAUUGAUGGAGGAUGACAGGCUCUCAGAGCGGCAGUCUGCCUUUGCUAUACUGCGCCAGGCAGAACUUGUUCCGGCAACUGUGAAUGAUUAUAGGGAGAAGCUUCUUCAUUUGAGAAAACUCAGACAUGAUGUGGUGCAGGCUGCGGUCCCUGAUGGGCCUUUACAGGAGGUGCCACUUCGUUAUUUGUUGGGCAUGUUAUAUAUUAACUUCAGUGCUCUCUGGGAUCCUGUGAUUGAAAUCAUAAGUUCUCAUGCACAUGAAAUGGAAAAUAAGCAGUUUUGGAAGGUCUACUAUGAACAUCUAGAAAAAGCAGCCACACAUGCUGAGAAAGAACUGCAGAGUGAUGCAAGAGACGAGGAGAAACACACUGGGGAGGGGAGUGGGGAACAAACCCCGAAGGGAAGAACUGGGGUGCUGUACCACGAGCAGUUGAUGCUGAACACCGCCUGUCGGGAGAGACUGGACCAUACCAACUUCCGAUUCUUGCUGUGGCGAGCUCUGGCAAGGUUCCCAGAGAGAGUUGAACCACGGUCCAGGGACCUUUCCCCGCUUCUCUUGAGAUUCAUCAACAAUGAGUAUUACCCAGCAGAUCUGCAGGUAGCUCCAACCCAGAAUCUGCAGAGAAGAGGCAAAGGCGAGGUGGUGGAGGAAGUAGAAGAAGAGUCUGCCACUGGAGAUGGUGAGGAGUUGGAGGAAGAGGUGGUGCCCCACGAUGAACCCUCCCAGAAGAGAAAGACAAGAAGAGCUGCAGCCAAGCAGUUAAUUGCUCACUUGCAAGUCUUCUCUAAAUUUUCAAAUCCACGGGCCCUAUAUCUGGAAUCCAAAUUAUAUGAGUUAUAUCUUCAGUUGUUGCUACACCAAGAUCAGACAGUGCAAAAAAUCAGCUUGGAUUGCAUCAUGACGUAUAAACAUCCUCAUAUCCUUCCUUAUAGGGAAAACUUACAAAGGUUACUUGACAAUAGAAGCUUUAAGGAAGAGAUAGUGCAUUUUAACAUUUCAGAAGAUAACACUGUAGUGAAAACAACUCACCGAGCAGAUCUGUUUCCUAUUCUGAUGAGAAUUUUGUAUGGGCGAAUGAAGAAUAAGACUGGGAGUAAGACUCAGGGGAAAUCUGCGUCAGGUACUCGCAUGACCAUUGUCCUGCGGUUCCUGGCUGGGACCCAGCCAGAGGAGAUCCAAAUAUUCCUAGACCUGCUCUUUGAACCUGUGAAGCACUUCAAGGAUGGGGAGUGCCAUUCUGCGGUCAUUCAAGCCGUAGAAAAUCUGGAUUUGUCUAAAGUUCUUCCUCUGGGCCGUCAGCAUGGUAUCUUGAAUAGCCUUGGAAUAGUAUUAAAGAACAUUAGUCAUCUGAUCAGUGCGUACCUGCCGAAGAUUUUGCAAAUACUGCUUUGUAUGACAGCAACCAUAUCACACAUCCUUGACCAACGAGAAAAGAUACAACUGAGAUUUAUUAACCCACUGAAAAAUUUAAGACGUCUCGGAAUCAAAAUGGUAACUGAUAUCUUUUUGGAUUGGGAAUCCUAUCAGUUCAGAACAGAAGAAAUCGAUGCUGUGUUUCAUGGUGCAGUCUGGCCCCAGGUCACCAGGCUUGGAUCUGAGAGUCAGUAUUCUCCUACUCCUCUGCUGAAGCUAAUUAGUAUCUGGAGCAGAAAUGCGAGGUAUUUCCCUUUCCUGGCUAAACAGAAGCCUGGGCACCCAGAAUAUGAUAUCCUGACCAAUGUUUUUGCAAUUCUGUCUGCAAAGAACCUCUCUGAUGCUGCAGCCAGCAUGGUAAUGGAUAUAGUUGAUGACCUUCUUAGCCUUCCAGAUUUUGAGCCCACAGAAACGGUUCUGAGCUUGCCGGUUACUGGGUGUGUGUACCCUGACAUAGCAGAAAACGCAGAUGAGUCUGUCACAAUAGGAGGAAGAUUAAUUGUACCUCAUGUACCUGCAAUUCUUCAGUAUCUCAGCAAAACCACAAUAAGUACAGAAAAGGUGAAGAAGAAAAAGAAUAGAGCACAAGUCAGUAAAGAGCUUGGCAUUCUUUCAAAGAUCAGCAAGUUCAUGAAAGACAAGGAGCAAAGCUCUCUGCUCAUCACCCUCCUGCUUCCUUUCCUCCACCGGGCCAACAUUGCUGAGGCUACUGAGGUUGAUAUUCUGGUGGCCGUGCAAAACUUGUUAAAACAUUGUGUGGACCCUACAAGCUUCCUCCAGCCUAUAGCAAAACUCUUUUCAAUCAUUAAGAACAAAUUGUCGAGAAAAUUGCUUUGUACAGUUUUCCAGGCUCUUUCUGAUUUUGAGAGUGGACUAAAAUACAUUGCUGACGUUGUCAAGCUUAACGCCUUUGAUCAAAGACAUCUUGAUGAUAUCAACUUUGAUAUUCGCUUCGAAACUUUCCAGACUAUCAUCUCUUAUGUUAAAGAAAUGCAAGCUGUGGAUGUUAACUACAUAAUUCCAGUCAUGCAUAAUUGUUUCUAUAAUCUGGAGUUAGGCGAUAUGUCUUUAAGUGAUAAUGCCAGCAUGUGCUUGAUGAGUAUCAUCAAAAAGCUGGCUGCCUUGAAUGUCACAGAGAAGGAGUAUAGAGAAAUCAUCCAUCGUUCACUCCUCGAGAAACUGAGGAAAGGAUUGAAGAGCCAGACAGAGAGUAUUCAACAGGAUUAUACCACAAUACUUUCCUGUUUAAUUCAAACCUUUCCAGAUCAACUGGAAUUUAAAGACUUGGUACAGCUUACUCAUUGCCAUGAUCCAGAAAUGGACUUCUUUGAGAACAUGAAGCACAUUCAGAUCCACAGAAGAGCAAGAGCCUUGAAGAAACUGGCAAAACAACUAAUGGAAGGCAAAGUUGUUCUGUCUUCUAAAUCUCUUCAGAAUUAUAUCAUGCCUUAUGCCGUGACUCCAAUUUUUGAUGAGAAAAUGCUCAAGCAUGAGAACAUAAUUAUUGCUGCUACAGAGGUUGUUGGGGCCAUUUGCAGGCAUCUCUCCUGGUCAGCAUAUGUCUAUUACUUGAAGCAUUUCAUUCAUGUUUUACAGACAGGACAGAUCAAUCAAAAGUUGGGUGUCAGUUUGCUAGUGAUAGUAUUAGAAGCAUUUCACUUUGACCACAAAACUCUCGAAGAACAAAUGGGAAAAAUGCAGAGUGAAGAAAACACAACCAAAGUGAUUGAGUUGCCAGAGCAUGAGGCCAUGGACUCAGAGCACAUGGAUGAGGAAGAGGAGGAAAGUGCACACAAGAGUUUGUUGGACAAGGAAGACCUGGGAAGCCCCGGUGCAGCUGCUCCUGAAGGGCCGUCAGCCACGGAAUCUGAGUGCCUCAACAAGGCUGUCUCUUUCCUUCCUCGGAAUAAGGAGGAGCUGGAGAGAACAAUUAACAAUAUCCAUGGAACCAUAACUGGGGAUAUUCUUCCCAGACUCCAUAAAUGCCUUGCAUCUACGACUAAAAGGGAGGAAGAACACAAGCUCAUCAAGUCCAAGGUUGUGAAUGAUGAGGAAGUGGUUCGAGUUCCUUUAGCUUUUGCCAUGGUUAAACUCAUGCAGUCCCUACCACCAGAAGUUAUGGAAGCCAAUCUGCCAAGUAUUUUGCUGAAAGUGUGUGCCCUCCUUAAGAACAGAGCACAGGAGAUCAGAGACAUUGCCCGCAGCACCCUUGCAAAAAUCAUAGAGGAUCUGGGUGUGCACUUCCUGCAGUAUGUCUUAAAAGAAUUGCAGACAACCCUCGUCCGUGGGUACCAGGUCCACGUGCUGACGUUCACCGUUCACAAGUUGCUGCAAGGCCUCACCAGCAAGCUGCACGUCGGGGAUUUGGACUCUUGUGUGGAUAUACUGAUUGAGAUUUUUAACCGGGAGUUGUUUGGUGCCAUUGCCGAAGAGAAGGAAGUCAAGCAGAUCCUCUCCAAAGUCAUGGAGGCGCGAAGAAGCAAGAGCUACGAGUCCUAUGAGAUCCUGGGCAAGUUUGUAGGAAAAGACCAGGUUACGAGGCUCAUCCUUCCCUUAAAAGAGAUCUUACAAAAUACCACGAGUGCAAAACUGGCCCGGAAAGUUCACGAAACCUUACGCCGAAUCACAGCCGGCUUGAUUGUGAAUCAGGACAUGGCAGCAGAAUCCAUUCUACUACUCUGUUAUGGCUUGGUCAGUGAAAACCUUCCCCUGUUAACAGAGAAGGAAAAAAAUCCAGCCACCCCAGCACCAGAUCCACGGCUGCCACCCCAGAGCUGCCUUCUGCUUCCCCCAGCUCCAGUUCGAGGUGGGCAGAAAGCUGUUGUGAGCAGGAAAACCAACAUGCACAUAUUCAUUGAGUCUGGGCUUCGGCUGCUGCAUCUGAGCCUGAAGACGUCAAAGGUCAAGUCCUCAAGCGAAGGAGCCCUGGAAAUGCUGGAUCCCUUUGUGCCUCUCCUCGUAGACUGCCUGGCUUCCAUGGAUGUGAAGGUGAUCACAGGUGCCUUACAGUGCCUGAUCUGGGUCUUGAAGUUCCCUCUGCCUUCCAUCGAAGCAAAAGCAGAACAGCUGACGAAGCACCUCUUCCUUCUGCUGAAGGACUAUGCAAAGCUCGGGGCUGCCAGGGGCCAGAACUUCCACCUGGUGGUCAAUUGUUUCAAGUGUGUGACCAUACUUGUCAAGAAAGUCAAGGCUUACCAGAUAACUGAAAAACAGCUCCAGGUUUUACUGGCAUAUGCUGAGGAGGACAUCUAUGAUACUUCAAGACAAGCCACAGCGUUUGGUCUUCUGAAGGCUAUUUUAUCAAGGAAGUUGUUGGUCCCAGAAAUCGAUGAUAUCAUGCGGAAAGUAUCCAAGCUGGCCAUUUCUGCACAAAAUGAGCCUGCCAGAGUCCAGUGCAGACAGGUUUUUCUGAAAUACAUUCUUGACUAUCCUCUGGGUGACAAAUUGAGACCAAACUUGGAAUUCAUGCUCGCUCAACUGAAUUAUGAGCAUGAGACUGGGAGAGAAUCCGCCCUGGAAAUGAUCGCCUAUCUCUUUGACGCGUUUCCUCAGGGACUGCUCCAUGAGAACUGUGGAAUGUUCUUUAUUCCUCUUUGUCUAAUGAUGGUGAAUGAUGACUCUGCCAUGUGCAAAAAGAUGGCAUCCAUGGCAAUCAAAUCCCUACUCAAUAAAAUCAGCCUCGAGAAGAAAGAUUGGCUGUUUGAGAUGGUUACCACCUGGUUUGCUGCAAAAAAGAGCAUAAACAGGCAGCUUGCUGCCCUGGUCUGUGGCCUAUUUGUGGAAAGUGAAAGAGUUGACUUUGGGAGAAGACUUGGGACUGUCCUUCCUGUGGUUGAAAAGGAAAUCAAUCCUGAAAACUUCCAAGAUAUCAUAGAAGCGACAGAGGAAAAAGCUGCAGAUCGCCUUCUGUUUAGUUUUCUUACGCUGAUAACUAAACUCAUCAAGGAAUGUGAUAUCAUUCAGUUUACAAAGCCCUCUGAGAUGCUGAGUAAAAUCUGGAGUCAUGUGCACUCCCACCUGAGACAUCCACACAGCUGGGUGUGGCUCACAGCGGCCCAGAUUUUUGGAUUGCUUUUUGCCUCUUGCCAGCCUGAGGAGCUUGUUCAAAAGUGGAGUGCCAAAAAGACAAAAAGGAAACGCUCAGAACCUGUAGCAAUCAGAUUCCUAGCAAGUGACCUUGACCAAAAGAUGAAGAGUAUCUCUCUAGCCUCUUGCCAUCAGCUGCAUUCCAAAUUCUUGGAUGAGUCUCUAGGAGAACAGGUUGUUAAGAAUUUGUUGUUUGUGGCCAAAGUCCUGUAUCUCCUGGAGCCUGAGUCUGGGCAUAAGCAAGGUGAGAUUGGAGAAGAAAUGGAGGAAGGAGAUGCUGCAGGAGACGGUGCAGACACGAACGCCACAGGAGAGACUGGGGCCUGCGCCGAUGGAAGGGUGGCGUCUGGCAGAAAAGAGCAGGACCAGGCGAAGGUGGCACGCAGCCAAUCUGCCACGCUGCUGUGGCUGGUCCAGAAGCUGGCCCGUAUCGCAAAACUGGAAGCUGCCUACUCGCCCAGAAACCCCUUAAAGAGAACUUGCAUCUUCAAGUUCCUGGGUGCCGUGGCCAUGGAGCUGGGGACCGACAGGGUGGAGCCAUACCUCCCGGCGGUCAUAGCGCCCCUGUUUCGGGAACUGAACAGCACCUACGCGGAACAAGAUCCUUUGUUGAAGAAUCUGUCCCAGGAAAUCAUAGAACUGCUCAAGAAGCUGGUUGGGCUUGAGAGUUUCUCGCGGGCCUUCGCGUCUGUGCAGAAGCAGGCUCAUGAGAAGAGGGCACUUCGCAGGAAGAGGAAGGCUCUGGAGUUUGUGACUAAUCCUGAUAUUGCUGCCAAGAAGAAGCUGAAGAAACACAAAAAUAAAGCUGAGGCAAAGAAGCGAAAGAUCAAGUUCCUGCGUCCAGGCUACAAGGCCAAGAGACAGAAAAGCCACAGCCUGAAAGACUUGGCGAUGGUGGAGUAACAUCUGCCUGUGAGACACCUGAGUGCACAGACACUGUCCUGGCACACCCAAAGCAUGAACUUGCUGGUCUAUUCCAGUCUGAAAUCACAGCAGGGUUCAUUAUUUAAGUUAAGCUUUGGUAUAGAUUGUUUAAUGUAUAGUGUAAUGUAAUCGUGCUCGUAUUUUUAAAAUAAAAACCUUUGUCUACUACUGAA